AUGUUUGAACUUGAAUUCAAAGCAAAAUAUCAAGUUAAUUUUAACAUUAUUGAUGUCUGUGAGCUAAUACAAGACUUUGAAUAUAUCCCCAAUGUAUCGAAAGAUAUAUGUAUAUUAAAUAAAAGUACUUCUAAUACAUUGGAAUUUGAAAAGACUGAGAAUGGUGAUAUUUUAUACAAUAUUAGGAAUAAUGAUACAUCUGAUUUAUUUUUAGUAUAUUCAGAAGCAAAUUAUUGCUAUUUUAAAUACCUAAUGACUGGUUUUUGUAAAAUUGAAAAGUAUAGAAUAAUACUAGAAAAUAUAAACCUUAAUAGUCAGGAAUCACUAUAUAAUACAGUAAGUAAUAUAAUGAAUAUAUUCUGUGAGAUUGAAAAGAAUUCAGGAAUAGGUUUCAGUUUUGCAGGAUAUUAUAAAAAGAAUGAAAUGGAUGAGUAUUUAAUAUUUGGACGUGAUAGAAUUGGUACAUCAAGUUUACUUAUUACACGGAUGUGUAAAGGUGGUCUAAUAUUAUCAACAGCUAUUAAUGAAAAUAUAUUUUUAAGUAAAGAGUAUAAGCCAAUUGAAUUGCCACCUAUGGGAUUCUAUAUAUUAAAUCUGAAGAACUUAGAAUUUGAAAUAAUAGGAUGGAAAGAAGUAUUACCAUAUUAUACUAAUUCAUAUUGGAAUAUUAAUUUAAAUAAUAUGAAAGAUUCUACUAGAGAAGAUUUUGGUAUAUGUAAAGAUGCAAAUCUUUUAUUAAAUGAGUUAAGGAAGAAUAUGAUAUUGAAGUUGGGAGAUCUGAUAAGUUAUUCCUUUAAUAAAGAAGGAAUUUAUGGAUAUAUAGGAAUAAUGUUUUCUGGUGGUUUAGAUAGUACUUUAAUUACUUACUUAGUAUUAGAGACAUUAUUUUAUGAAAUUAAUAAUUAUGAGAAAUUAUGUAAAGAUAAACUAUUGAAUAUGAAUAAAGGAAUUAAUUUAGAUGAAUUCAAAAUAUACUUUAUAAUUGAAUUAUUAAACUCAACAUUUUCUCCAGAGGAAGCUCCAGAUCGUUUAACCGGUCUAUGUAGUUAUUAUGAAUUGAAAUCAAUUUUUCAGGAAUCUUUUUUAAAACAUAAUAAUGUUGAAUUGAGAUUUAUUUGUAUAGAUACAAAUAAAGAUACUUUAUUUCAGGAAGAAAAUAUAAUAUUAGGACAAAUAUAUCCAUCUAAUACUCAUAUGGAUUUUAAUAUUGGCUCGGUUGAAUAUUUUACUACAAAAGGUAUUGGUAGAUUAAUCAAACCAAUAUUUUAUAUGGAAGAGUGGUGGAAUGAAAUUAUUAAUAAUCAAAAUGAUCAAACACUUUGGUGUAACAUAUAUGAUAUCAAUUUAUUGAAAGAUAAUUCUUAUGAAAAUACUGAGAAAGAUUAUAAUAUAGAUAAUAAAAGUCAUAAAAUAAAGUGUCCUUAUUGUUAUUUUAGACAACAUCCAAAGUGUUUUAAUAAAUGUUGUAAAUCAUGUUGUAGAAAGAUACAACAAGGUUUAUUAAUUGUAGAUAAUUGUUCAAGUUCAUGCAGAGUUCAUAAAAUGAAAACAACUAAUUUCAAGGGAAUUCCUGCUACUUCAAGAAAUAUUAAUACUAAGAAUUAUUAUUUAGAAUCAAAUUUAUAUCAUUUAUCAAUUUUACCUGGAGAAUCUAUUAAUUGUAUUUAUAAAAGUGGAGAUUCAUCUUUAUAUAAAUCUCAAAGUAAAUGGAUAUUAAUUGGUAGUGGUGCAGAUGAAUUUUUAGGUGGAUAUGGUAGACAUAUAACUGCAAAAAAACACUGUGGAAUUCAAGGUAUUAGAGAUGAGAUGAUAAUGGAUAUUAGGCGUCUUUGGAUAAGAAAUCUAGGACGAGAUGAUAGAAUAUGUAAAUAUCAAAGUAAAGGAGCAUUUUAUCCAUUUUUACAGAUUAAUGUAAUUGAGGUCAUUGGGAAGCUUAAUUUUUGUAAUAUUAGUGGAUUGAAAAAUGGACCUACAAAACCAAUAUUACGUUAUAUUUCUAAUUUAUUGGGAUUGAGAUUUGCCACGAAAUUUAAAAAGAGAGCUAUUCAAUUUGGAACUAGAAGUACAAGACAAACUAAUUUGGAACAUUUUGAUAGUAAUAGAAAAGCUACUGCAACUGCAAUAUACUGUAAAUCUAGGGUUAAAGAUCUAGAAAUAUAG